CUCGUCUGUCGUAAAAUCCAGGAAGUGACUUGGUGGUUGUGUUUUUCACCCGUCGUUUUGUUGUGAUUAAAGUCAGCGCUUUUACGGGCCGAAAUGGCGACGUUUAUUUCAGUGCCGUUAAAAAAGACUUCUGAAGUGGACAUGGUGAAACCGCUGUCGAAAUUUAUAACGGCCUCGUACCCGUCGCCCGAGGAGCAGUCGGAGUACCUCCGCGCCGUGGAGGAGCUGAAUAAGCUCCGCAAGAACGCGGUGGGGAGGCCGCUGGACAAACACGAGAGCUCCCUGGAGAUCUUACUCAGAUAUUAUGACCAGUUGUGUGCUGUGGAACCCAAGUUUCCCUUCUCUGAGAACCAGCUUUGCUUAACCUUCACAUGGAAAGAUGCCUUUGAUAAAGGAUCGCUGUUUGGUGGCUCUGUCAAGCUUGCUUUGGCCAGUUUGGGCUACGAGAAGACGUGUGUAUUGUUCAAUGCAGCAGCGCUGGCCAGCCAAGUGGCUGCAGAGCAGAACCUGGACAACGAUGAAGGACUGAAGGCUGCAGCCAAAUACUAUCAACUGGCCAGUGGAGCUUUUGGCCAUAUCAAGGAUACAGUACUGUCUGCACUGAGCAGGGAGCCAACCAUGGACAUCGCCCCAGAGACUGUCGGCACCCUGAGCCUCAUCAUGCUGGCCCAGGCCCAGGAGGUCUUCUUCCUCAAAGCCACCUCAGAUAAAAUGAAAGAUGCCAUCAUUGCAAAGUUGGCUAAUCAGGCAGCAGAUUUCUUUGGCGACGCCUUUAAGCAGUGCCAGUUCAAAGACAAUCUGCCGAAGUAUUUUUAUUUUCAGGAAGUGCUGCCGGUGCUGGCGGCUAAGCAUUGCAUCAUGCAGGCCAAUGCUGAACUGCACCAGAGUGUCCUGGCCAAGCAGAAGAAACGCUUUGGAGAGGAGAUUGCCCGUCUGCAGCAUGCAGCUGAGCUGGUGAAGACUGUGGCAUCUCGUUACGAUGAGUAUAUUAGCGUUAAGGACUUGAGUGACAAGAUUAACAGAGCCCUCACAGCAGCCAAAAAGGACAAUGAUUUUAUCUACCAUGACCGCGUUCCUGAGAUUAAAGAUCUGGAGCAUAUAGGCAAGGCAGCGCUGGUGAAAGCCACAGCCAUCACACCUCCACUCAGUCAGAAAUUCACAGACCUGUUUGAAAAAAUGGUUCCUAUGUUAGUGCAACAGUCCAUGAGCAUUUAUAACCAGAGGAAGGCAGAAACUGUGAAUAGACUGGUGGGAUCUAUGAGGGAGGCAACUAAUCUCUGCAACGGGGUGUUGGCGUCUCUCAACCUGCCUGCUGCCCUUGAGGAUCUGUCAGGAGACUCCAUUCCACAGUCCAUCGCUGAGAAGGCCAGAUCCAUUGUAGAGCUAGGAGGACUUCAGAGCAUUGAGCAGUUAAUCAAAGAUCUGCCUGAGCUGCUCACACGUAACAGAGAGAUCCUGGAUGAGUCUCUGAAGAUGCUGGAUGAUGAAGAGUCAACAGACAAUGAGCUGAGGAACAAGUUCAAUCAGCGCUGGAAUAGAACUCCAUCUGGAGACCUGUACAAACCUCUUCGUGCAGAGGGUGCUAAUUUCCGCAGCAAGUUGGACAUGGCAGUGCAGGCAGACCAAGUGGUGCGGGACCGUUACAACACUCACUGUGACAUGAUCGCCCUGCUGUGCAAACCAGAGAAUGAGCUUAAUGCUGCCAUCCCCUCUGCCAACCCAACCAAGACGUUGCAGGGCAGCGAGGUUGUGAAUGUGCUGCGCUCCCAGCUGGCCCAGUUGGAGGAGGUGAAGAAGGACAGGGAGGGCCUGGAAUCAGAGGUCAAGGCUGUGACUUUUGACAUGUCUACAGCCUUCCUAACUGCACUCUCAAAGGAUGGAGCCAUCAACGAGGAGCAAAUGUCUAUGUCUCAGCUGGAUCAGCUAUACAGUGGCUACAACCAGCGUGUACAGGCCAGUCUUCAUAAACAGGAAGAGCUGCUGGGACAAGUUCAGACAUCCCAUCAGGAAUUCAGUGCUCUGAAGCAGUCCAAUGCAGAGGCCAAUCAAAGGGAGGAGGUCCUAAAGAAGCUGGCUUCAGCCUAUGACAGCUAUGUUGAGAUCAGCAGCAACCUGCGCGAAGGCACUAAGUUUUACAACGAUCUGACAGAAAUCCUGCUCAAGUUCCAGAACAAAUGCAGCGACAUCGUUUUUGCUCGCAAGACUGAGCGGGAUGAACUACUUAAGGAACUGCAGCAGAGCAUCGCGCGAGAACCCAGUGCACCAUCCGUCAACGUUCCUGCUUAUCAGACUAACAUCGCCGGUCCAACCCCUGCACCGAGAACCGUCUUUGUCCAGCAACCACAGUCGACACCCUCCCCCAAGCCCCUGCCCCCAUCCAGGCCUCCUCCACCCAGCUUCCCUGCCCAGGCAGCCUCCACCGCUCCCACCAAUGCACCACCUGUAGCCCCUCCCACCACCAACCAACCACCUGCAGUCCCUCCCACCCAGGCCCAAGGACCACCUUAUCCCACCUAUCAGGGCUACCCAGGGUACUAUCAGAUGCCUAUGGGAUACAACCCCUAUCCAUACGGUCAAUACUACAUGCCUGCAUACCAAGCCACCCCAGGACAACCAGGCUACCCAGGCGCUCCUGCGGCUGGACAGCCGGCAUACCCCGGUUACCCCCAGCAACCACCCCAGCAGCCUUACUACCCUCAGCAAUAACUGCACCCCCCCCCCCCCCCAAAAAAAAAUCCUUUUUAUGUUAACACCAAAUCCAGAACACUUUAUAGCCCCAGCAAUAACACUUUCUCUCCAUCAAUAACUCACUACAUCCACUUUCAUUUCAACAAUUGCAUGCCUGACCUGCACUUCUUACUUUUUGCCUCCCUUAUUUUGAGAGUUCUUAUUUCCAUCUCCCCCCCCCCCUUCAUCCAAGAUCAUGUUAUCUGGGUUGUACUUUUUCUUUCUUUAAUCUUUCUUCAUCACCUUUGACAACAUUCACUAACCUCUGCUUGCCUCUGCUCCUUUCUUUGUGUUUUUUUUUUGUUUUUUUUGUCAUUUUCUAAAGAGGUUGUUAAAUGUUUAAUUUAAGUCCCACCUGGAUUCCAUUGGCAUCGUACUUGGUCUGAACUGUACUGCUGUAAAACACUUGAGGAGCUGUGCAGGAUUUCACGUCUUGGAGGGGGUGUGGCCUAAAGGCCCAUGCUUGUCAUCGUGAAUGGGUGUGAUUGAGCGGGGUCGUGGUCAUACUACUCGCGUCACAUCCUCACUCCCCGCGACCCUGACUUCUUCGAUAUUCACGAUAUUCCUAUUUUUGUAAUGAAUACUGAAGCCUUGCUGAUGUAUAAACAUCUAAAUAAUAGUAAUAACAAAAAGUCUGUAGGUGAAGACUGUGGAGAGUUGUUCUUUCUUCUGACUCUUACGCAGGGAAUGCUGGUAUAUGUGUUACAAUCAGAUUGUAAACGAGGGAGAAAUGGCUCUAUUAUAUAAAUAUAUGUAUGAUAUGAGACUGUCGUUAAGUCACUCUGUACUGCACUUUCAUUCUUUUUUUUAUUCCUCAGCUCUAAUGUGAUUAAAAGGAACAGCAACCAGAAAA